GGUGGCGGUGGAAGGUGAGCCCAGGAAGGUGGCCCAGCGCCCCUUCUGCCGGGGCCCCUCCCAGUGCUCCCUUGGGGUGUCAACCUCAGCCCUGUAUGCUCCCACUCCACCCCCCUUUUCGAAGGGAUUGCCUUUUUUUUUUUUCCCUCUGCGGCGGCGGAAAUGACAGUGGUGCUGCUGUAGUGUCAUGGUGCUGCCCCUGGACUGAGGGGCGAAAACUCUUAAGUUUAGCCCGGGAGAUCCAGCCGCGGUAGCGUCACUAUUGCCGUGCAGUCCCCUGCGGAGCGCGCAGGCUGGCGGAUUCUGCUGGCUGCGCGGCGGCGGCAGCUGAGCGGAGGCAGCGAAGGCGAAGGCGAAGGCGGCCUAGAGUGGUGGUGUCGGCGGCAGCGGCGGCGGCCCGGGAGCUCGCGCCAGAGCCCGAGCCAGCUUGCUGCGGAGGCAGGCGGGCGCCCAGCGCUCUUGAGCGCGCGUAGGAGAUGGCUGGCACACGGGAACGCUAUGGGUAAAAUGCGCCCCCUCGCCGCGGCCCUGGGGGUCCAGUGUAGCCGUCCGCGCAGGGCUCGGCCCGGGUUCCGGCUACUCCUCAGGUGAAAGCCCAGCCUCUGUGGUUCUUAAUGCCUCAGCAGGAUUAUUUUCACUAAAGAUGGAAACACUGGAGUCUGAAUUGACCUGUCCAAUCUGCCUCGAGUUGUUUGAAGACCCCCUCCUGCUCCCUUGUGCUCACAGUCUGUGCUUCAGCUGUGCCCAUCGCAUCUUGGUCUCAAGCUGCAGCUCCGGUGAAUCCAUUGAACCCAUUACUGCUUUCCAGUGUCCCACGUGCAGGUAUGUUAUCUCGCUGAACCACCGGGGCCUGGAUGGCCUCAAGAGGAAUGUGACCCUGCAGAACAUUAUUGAUCGCUUCCAGAAGGCUUCAGUCAGUGGGCCCAAUUCCCCAAGUGAGAGCCGCCGGGAAAGGACAUAUAGGCCCAGUUCCGCCAUGUCUAGUGAGCGAAUUGCUUGCCAAUUCUGUGAGCAGGACCCGCCAAGGGAUGCAGUGAAAACAUGUAUCACCUGUGAGGUCUCCUACUGUGACCGUUGCCUAAGGGCCACACACCCCAACAAGAAACCUUUCACUAGCCAUCGCCUGGUGGAACCAGUGCCGGACACACAUCUUCGAGGGAUCACCUGCCUGGACCAUGAGAAUGAGAAAGUGAAUAUGUACUGUGUAUCUGAUGACCAAUUGAUCUGUGCCUUAUGCAAACUGGUGGGUCGUCACCGAGACCAUCAGGUCGCCUCACUGAAUGAUCGAUUUGAGAAACUCAAGCAAACUCUGGAGAUGAACCUCACCAACCUGGUUAAACGCAACAGUGAACUAGAAAAUCAAAUGGCCAAACUAAUACAGAUUUGCCAGCAGGUUGAGGUGAAUACUGCUAUGCAUGAGGCAAAACUUAUGGAAGAAUGUGACGAGUUGGUAGAGAUCAUCCAGCAGAGGAAGCAAAUGAUUGCUGUCAAAAUCAAAGAGACAAAGGUUAUGAAACUAAGAAAGUUGGCACAGCAGGUUGCUAAUUGCCGCCAGUGUCUUGAACGGUCAACGGUCCUCAUCAACCAAGCUGAACAUAUCCUCAAAGAAAAUGACCAGGCACGGUUUCUACAGUCUGCAAAAAAUAUUGCUGAGAGGGUCGCUAUGGCAACUGCAUCUUCUCAAGUUCUGAUUCCAGACAUCAAUUUUAAUGAUGCCUUUGAAAACUUUGCUUUAGAUUUUUCUAGAGAAAAGAAAUUGUUGGAGGGGCUAGACUAUUUAACAGCCCCAAACCCACCAUCCAUCCGAGAAGAACUCUGUACUGCCUCCCAUGACACCAUUACAGUCCAUUGGAUCUCGGAUGAUGAGUUCAGCAUCAGCUCCUAUGAGCUUCAGUACACCAUAUUCACUGGCCAGGCUAACUUCAUCAGUAAGUCAUGGUGUAGUUGGGGCCUGUGGCCAGAGAUAAGGAAAUGUAAGGAAGCAGUAAGCUGCUCAAGAUUGGCCGGGGCGCCACGAGGCCUGUAUAACUCAGUGGAUAGCUGGAUGAUUGUUCCCAACAUUAAACAGAACCAUUACACAGUGCAUGGACUUCAGAGUGGAACACGCUACAUCUUCAUUGUUAAAGCCAUAAACCAGGCAGGCAGCCGGAACAGUGAACCUACCCGACUAAAAACUAACAGCCAGCCCUUUAAACUAGAUCCUAAAAUGACUCAUAAGAAGUUGAAGAUCUCCAAUGAUGGAUUGCAGAUGGAGAAGGAUGAAAGCUCUCUGAAGAAAAGUCAUACCCCAGAGAGGUUUAGUGGCACAGGGUGCUAUGGGGCUGCAGGAAAUAUAUUCAUUGAUAGUGGCUGCCACUAUUGGGAGGUGGUCAUGGGUUCUUCAACAUGGUAUGCAAUUGGUAUUGCCUAUAAAUCAGCUCCAAAGAAUGAAUGGAUUGGCAAGAAUGCAUCUUCAUGGGUCUUCUCUCGCUGCAAUAGUAACUUUGUAGUGAGACAUAACAACAAGGAAAUGCUAGUGGACGUGCCCCCACAGUUGAAGCGUCUAGGUGUCCUCCUGGAUUAUGACAACAACAUGCUGUCUUUCUAUGACCCAGCUAACUCUCUCCAUCUUCAUACCUUUGAUGUGACCUUCAUUCUUCCAGUGUGUCCAACAUUUACAAUCUGGAACAAAUCCCUAAUGAUCCUGUCUGGCUUGCCUGCCCCAGAUUUUAUUGAUUACCCUGAGCGGCAGGAAUGCAACUGUAGGCCUCAAGAAUCCCCUUAUGUUUCUGGGAUGAAAGCUUGCCAUUAAAUUUCAAGAGAGCAUAUAAUUCACUGGCUCUCCUGUUCAGCAGUUCUUCCCCUCAGUUAGUGUUCAAUAUACAAGAUAAAAAUAAAAUUCAUCUGAAGCAUACAAAAUAACUAGAUAUUGUAGAGUUAAUUUUUGUGCAUUAAAGCUUGUAUUUGAAUCAGUGUAAUUGAGUUCCUCAGAACAAAUUAUCUAAAUAGUCUGGGUUCAAGCCAUUGAAGAUGAAAUUUAGAGAAAGCCUCUGUUGUCAAUGGACAAUUAAAAAUUCCCAGUGAUUUAAGAGUUUAAAUUAUAUUGGAAGGAAUUAGGGUAAUUCUAGAUAAUAAUGUAGAAAGAUACUCUGAACAAGGAUCUAGCCAGCCAGAAUAGGGUAUGGUUGUCAGCCUUUCUAGUACUGGCCAGUUUGGCCAAGUAGAAUUUUGAACAGUGUCAAUUGAUCACAUAUUGUAUGUCUCUUUUAAUAAAAACCUACAAGCAAUGCUUCACUACAAAGAAAACAUGGGUGUAUAUAUAAUAUAUAAAAUAAUCAAAUUCAUUUUAUAUAUUAUAUUUACAAAAUAAAAGUUUUAAUUUGCACAUUUGAGUGAUAAAUAUACUGGAAGGAAAAAUAAAUUACACCAUUCAUUUUUUCCCUAAAAUAAACCACAGAAUCAAUCAGCAUUUCUCCCCUCCCCCUUCCAACUCUUCCUUCCCUCCUCUUGUCACACACACACACAUAAUAGAUGCAAUCAUUGACAUAGACAGUGAGAAGCACUCUUGGUUCGAUUAAGAGAGACUUGAGGAGAACACUGUACAAGAGAUGCUAUUGCUAGAUAGAAAACUGAUCCAGGUGGAAGUGUCCUAUGUGGCACAAUUUCAUGGAUGAUACUUAAUAGAGGAGAUCCAUCUGAAUUGUUAAAAAUUAUAUCAGAAUAUUACAAAGAAAUAUGGUUUCAUCAUUCACACAUAUAUACAGUUCCCAGAAUUAGGCCAAAACAGUUGUAUAAUGCAGCUUCUGUAGAAACUUGCUUUACUUAAUCAGUAAGGAAGGAACUGUAUAGAUGCAACAACUAUUUGCAUAUAAAUAUACUGUUUUCAGAUUUUAAAAAACCCCAAAACUUCUGAAGUGCUCAAAUGCCUGAGAAUAGUUUGUUAUUGUUAAAUGAGGUUAAAUACUAUUUCCAUUUGCAAUCUUCUUCACACUAUUCAUUUACUUAACCAUCUUUUCAAAUGCAGACAUUAAUUUCAUCCUCAUCAGCAAAGUUGAAGGGAAAUGAACUUCAUGGUCUAUGAUUUUUGCCAGUUGUAUUGCAGAGACUAAGAGCUAUCAGAUUCAUAGCUUUCUCCUUUUCCAGGAGCUAAGUCUUCCCCAAGGAGUCUAUUCUUUGGGAAUUGUGAUAAUACUGUUUUGCAAUUAUGAAGUGAUAGCUAUAGCUACAAUCACUUGUAGAUUGGAGCCUUAAAGUAAUGUCAAAACUCUGCUCCUCUUCCUUUCCUUCAGCAUGGUAAAUGCUCAUUUAUUAAUUUGUUAAAUAAACUAUUAGAUGCCAGGUAACACACUACUGCCCUGAGAAUGCACAUAUUAAGAAAACAGUUCUUGCUCUCAAAUGGCUUAUGAUUCUGCAUAAGAGAAAGAGUAUCUCUAUAAAUAUCACCCAAUUACAGAUAUUGUUUACCCAACAUGGAAAGCAAGACUGAUGCAGAUAUAAAAGGAAGGCUCAAAUUUAUACAUGUAAUGGUAAAGUCAGCGGCUUUAAAGACCGUAUGGACUUACUGCUAAUCAGGAAAUGAGCAACCCCAGUAAGAUUAAGUAGUGCUGGCAAGCAGCUUACUGUAAUGGAAAGCCUUUGGGUUAUAAUUUUGGAUUAGAAUAAUCCUAGUUUCUCUGCUAUUUACUAGUAGUGUGAUCAAGGGUAGGCAUUUCACUUCUCCAAGCCUUUGUUUUCUUUUCUGUAAAAUAAUACUUCACAGGCUGUUUCAAAGAUUUCAAAAGAUAGCAAGUGGGGGCUGGGGCUGUAGCUCAGUGGUAGAGCACUUGCCUAGCAUGUGUGAGACACUGGGUUCCAUCCUCAGCACCACAUGAAAAUAAAUAAAGAUAUUGUGUCCAUCUACAAUAAAAAAUAAUAAAAAAGAUUGCAUGUGGAAACUGCCUAGCACAGCACCUGGCAUUUAGUAAGUGUGUCAUAUAUAUUAAUCUCCUUCUCAAAGCCUUUUACUGCCCUGGGACAAUAAUUUUUCCACCCUACUUUUGACUCAACCUGGAUUAAAUUUCUCCACCUCUCACUCUCUCAACCAGACUAACACCUGAUCUCCUAACUGAGUUAUGGGCCCCUCUUUGGAACCCACAUGGCACUCUAAGUAUCCCCUCCCUGAGCAAUAAUCACAGUGUAUAGCAAUGUUUUUCAAAAUGUGGUCUUCAGAACACUUAUGUUAGGAUUACCUUCCAUGAUUUGUUUGUUAAAACAAUCGAUUUCUGGACCCCGCAUAAUUAGACUAUUGGAAACAGGCGGAAAUGUACAUUUUUGUCAAGCUCCUCAGGUUAUUCUAAUGCACAUGAAAGUUUAAUGUAUAAUAAUUAUCUUCCCUAUUAGACUGGGAAUGCCUUGAGGGCAAGGACUUUGUCUUCUUGUUGUUGUUGUUGUUGUUGUGUUUUUAAUACUUGGCACAGUGUCUGGAACAGAAUAGUUGCCUGUCUAAUGUUUGUUGAACAAAUGUAUGAAUGAACAAAUGAACAAGCAAAAUUUAUCUCUUGUACUCUGAUGAUCAGGGUGGUAUUUGUUACUAACUGGGCAGAAAAGUUUGGUUACUUCUCCAUUUUGUCUGUAUUGAUAUUAUUUUGAAAAUGCAAUAGGGCUCAUACAUAUAAAUGAGCAUUGUUCUCCUCAAAUACACUUUGGCAGUCAUCUUGGGGAAUUGUCUUUGGAACAUGUGACACAAUUCUUUUCAAUAACACUUCAAUUUUUUUCACUUUGUUCUUUGAAGGUAUGUUUAAGUUGAUUAUAGGCUAAAAUCACUCGGAACUAAGCCUACUAAAUAAACUGGGAAGUGAAACAGUUUGAGUUAAGCAAUGAAGUUUGACUGUAAAGUCCCAACUUCUGAGCCAAAUAAUGAAGUGACUUCCAAGAUACAGCAAAGUUGCAAAGCACACAAUAGGGAUUCCUCAAGUCCCACAUAUUGACUUUAGUAAACUUAAGACUUUCGUAGAAUCCUGGCAGUGCCAGGAACCAUAAGAGAAGCCAUUGGCUGUCUCUAGCUUAACCCAGUUGCACAAGGGGAAUAGAAUCUGUAUUUAACAUCUUCAAGGAAGGUGACUUCAUAAACUUUUUUUGUUGCUUUACUCAAUCUAUUCUCCACAGCUCUUUCUGCUAGAAAAUUAUUUUCUGUCUGUAGUUUAUGCUUUUUUUCACUUUUUAUAUUGUCUUCUUGAAGAAAGCACAAAAAUAAAGUUUAGCCUGUUUGAGAAUAUGAAAGAAAUUUUAAUGCCACAUAGAGGUUCUGGCUAUUUACCUAUAAGUAAGAGUAACUGCAUCUGGCUGUAUUUUUAUUAUGUCAUUCCAUUGUGUAUCUUUAGAUGCAGUGAAAUUCCAAUUGCAGCAAAAUCACUUAUACAUUCUUUUCAGCAAAUAUACUCUAGGCGAAUUUUUUAAGCUUCCAUGGUUUACAUAUUUAUAUAUGAUGACUACCUGGAUGGAGCAAUCCAUGGAUGGACUUUUGAAUUAGCUCAAAUAUUUGAUACCCUUUCUUCCAAGAAAUAGAGAAAGUGAGGCAGGUAGAUAUGAACCACACCCACACUUAUUUCUAGCUCCUGAAGCCAAUUUCAGCCUUAGAGCCAUUGGCUGUAUUUGGCUGUGUAUUACAAGUUGGCCAGACAUUGCCAUCAGGUCGGGAAAAGCUGCCCUUUAUGGUGUGGUCUGCCGGCUUCAGACAUAUGCUGUGUUAAUGUUAUUGGCUAGAAUAUUUAUUAGACUCUUGUUGGACUAUUUUUUAUCAAAUGCUUUAUCCCAGGCUUGUUUGUACUGGGAGUUCUGGACCAAUAGUGUCUCUCCCAGUGAAACAAAUAUGAGCAUCUGUGAAUUAAACACAGUCUCAUCCCUCUCUGAAAUAUCCCAGCCCAUCCAAAAUGCUAUAUUAUGAAUUAAAUAAAUAUAUAUGUAUUCAUGA